GUGAAUCUGUUCAGGUCCAAACCAUCUCAGAUGAACAAUGCAGAUUAUUUAAUGGCAGAAAUGAUGGGUCUUCCUUCUGGGUUUGGAAAAAGUUCCCGUCGUUUACCACAGUCUUCAAAAGUAUUGUCUGCAAGUCAAGCUCAAUCUGAUAAACUGCAAAAUCAUAAUCCAGACCAAUUCAAAUCAGAUGGUGCUACAUCAACAUUAGUAUCUGAUCAUCAGCAACCCAAGCAACCAGUCUCUCUGGAUGAUAUCAUUGGACCAUUGCCUGCCACUCACUCGGAAUUUGACACAAAAAACAAUGAGUUACAAUCCGACUCAGAUUUGGCCAGCGAUAGUUCAUGCGGUGAUGAGCAGGACAACGAGGUGGAUGCCAUUCCAACUACAAUGGCUGCACUCAAGGAUCACACCAAGGCGGUAGCCGCUUUGUCUCUUGAUCCAGCAGCCUCUCGGAUGAUUACUGCAGGAAGAGAUUGUACAGUGAAGCUUUGGGAUUUUUAUGGAAUGACCACUUCAAUGAAACCAUUUCGCACUCUGGAGCCUAGUCUGGGGAAUCCAAUUCGUGAUGUUCAGUUUAGUACUACAGGGGAUCAGUUCCUUGUCGCUGCUGCCACUAGUCAGCUAAAAGUAUAUGAUCGUGAUGGUGGUUUUAUCACAGAGUUUCCAAAAGGAGAUCCAUACAUUCGUGAUUUACGCCAUACAAAGGGUCAUGUAUCGGCACUCACAAAUGCCCGCUGGAAUCCAACAAUGAAGAAUUGUUGCAUUUCUGCAUCUACAGAUUCCACCAUUCGUAUAUGGGAUCUAGAACAGGCUACAGCACGCAGACAAAAAGAUGUUAUUUAUGUCAAAUCUAGACAACCUGGUGGUCGCACUAGUAUCACUGCCGUAUGUUUCUCUAACGAUGGAAGAUUGAUUGCAGGAGCAGGUGCAGAUGGAUCACUACGCAUUUGGAAUUCAAAUGGACCUUUUUUAACUCCUAUAAAGAAUGUUGAUAAUGCACAUCUUCCAGGUGGAGCAGCUUCAUCUAUAUCGUUUGCAAUGGAUGGCCAUAGCUUGAUUACACGCGCCAUGGAUAAUACAUUGAAACUAUGGGAUAUUCGCAAAUUUAAAGAGCCAGUUGCUGUAGCUACAGAUCUUGAAGGAUAUUUUGAAGAGACCAAUGCAGUAUUUUCACCUAACGAUCGGUAUAUUAUUACGGGAACAUCUGCAAAAAAAGGAUGUUCAGAUGGAAGUAUUGUGGUUUUUGACCGCCAUACAUUAAAAAUGGUUGAAAGUAUUAAUAUACCCGGCUCAGUGGUAAAAAUUCAAUGGUCUGGUAAACUUGGCCAAAUCUUUGCUGGAACCAGUGAAGGAGCAGUACAGGUUUUGUAUGAUCCUGUGCUGAGCAGAUCCGGCAUCAAAGUUCCGUUAUCUAAAAAGCCGAAAAAGCUAACAGUUGAAGAUUAUGACAUACUGAUUUCGCGAGACACUAUGCUUGGGCCGAUUAUAAAUCCGGGAGUGAAUACAGGUGGAUCCAAAUUUCAAUCUAAGCGUAAAAUGUUGGAGCAGGAGGCUAUUAGUAGACGUCCGGAAAUCCCUUCUGCUGUUUUGACAAAGGGUAAAGGUGGAAAGAUUGGAACCAAUAUGACCCAGGGCAUCAUGAAAGACAUGAUGAAAGACACGCGACGACAGGAAGAUCCUCGAGAGGCUAUCUUGAAAUUUGCAGAUACAGCUGCAGCUGAUCCAUAUUGGAUUGCACCCGCAUACAAAGUCAAUCAGCCUAAUGCUGUUCUCACUGAAAAGGUUUACGAAAAUGAUUUCGAGGAAGAUUUAGAAAAGAGAAAAAAGCGUCGCCAAUAAAGCAGUUUUUGGCAUAGCUGAAAAAGAUUGCAUCUAGAAUUAACUGAACACGAUUGACUAGUGGCGAUUGUUGCAUUCAAAGAUCUGACUGGUCUAGAACUGGAAUAAACAAUGGAUGCCACCACCAGAUGUUAUUUCCAAUUAGCUGGUGAUUGGAAUGGAAUGCAGUUGAAUAAACAAUUGUUUUGUUCC